AUGGCAAUCAAGCUGAUUUUGUUCAUUUCCUUUUUGAUGUACUCUACAUGUUAUUUCACAGAGGUUUAUUCCCUAGUGGAAUUUGCAAACGUUCAGUGCGAGUCUCUGGAUAAGGACUUUGCUUUAAUUGAAUAUUGUUAUCUGAAAUCUGUAAACCGAUCUUACAAAUAUGUUUCGAUUAAAGUUAACCUCCUUAAGCUACCUAUAUCCAAAGUUAAGAUACGGUUUGGUCUCUAUAAACGAUUUACUGGAUAUAAGCCUUUUCUCUACAAUGCGACUUUGGACGCGUGUAAAUUUCUUAAAUCGCCGAAUUCCAAUCCGGUCGCUCUUUUUUUUAUAAUUCAUGAUAUUGUGCUGGAUAAGAUGUCAUAUCAUAGCGUAAAUAAUAAGCUGACCAAAAUACUGCCCUUCCCAGAGGGACAUUAUAUGAUUGAAAUUCACUGGAUAGCCUACGAGAUUAAUCGAGCUAUAACUAAAUUAUAUUGGACACUUACAUGA